AUGGCUCCGUGCGCGGAAGUCCUGAGCAGCUACCAGCCUUGCUCCGACCGUGGCGAGGAGCCUUCCGAGGAGUCGGAGCUGGAGGGACCCUCCGAGGACGAGCCCACGGAGAUCACGUUCAGGCCGUUCGCAGCUGAGGUGCGCCCAGCGAGGCCGGGUUCUGCGACGCUGGAGCUGGAGGCCGAGGCGGCCCUGCCCGACUGCGAGCCCUGCAGCGCCAAGCUCCAGCUCGGCGAGGACGGCCUGCUUGUCCACCUGCACGACGGAGGUGGGCGUGGCCGCCUGCUGCAGCUGCUCAUGCUCCCGUCGGUGCAGGUCACCAAGGGCCCAGGCCCCAGCGAGCUGCGCAUCGCCGGUUCGUGGCCCUCGCCGGGCGCGCAGCUGCGGCUGGCGUCGGCCGGCGAGGCUGCGGAAGUGGUGGCCGCGCUGUCGGGCAUAAUGCAGGAGGUGUCCCUGAGCUUGCUCGCGGCAGCGCCGCCAGGUGCGCCGACGUCGCUCGUGCACGAGCCGCUGACCCAGAGCCGUGGGCCGUCUGCGGCAGGGAUAAAGAGCCAGGGCCAGGGCAAGGGCGAGCUACUGUGCGCUGGAUACCUGCUCUGGUCCAGCCUGCCGCGGGGCCUUUCGGAAGACCCAGAGGCUCCUCAAUACAGCCUCGUGUGGGCUGAGCUGCGAGGGCCCGAUCGAUUUGGCUACGCUUGGAUCUUCUUCUACACAUCGCACCACGACGAGGCCGCCCUGGUCCACAAGAUGGCCUGGCCCAAGCCGGGGCAAGACCUGGUGGACAUCCGCGGUUGCGUCGUCAGCUUCGCCCUGGCCACCGAAGAGGAGGAGCUGUGCAUCGACGGGGAAGCCAGCACCGACCACCUCACCUUUGCGACGGAGCUCGAGGCCCAGGUGUGGCUGCGCACCGCGACCUCGCUCUACGAUGGCGGGGUGGGGCCGGACGAGGACCUCCUCGAGCGAGCGGCGAAGGGUGCCCGGGCGCGCCUGGACGGCGCCCCCCCGCAGCCGCUGCUCCGCAGGAGCGACGAGGCCGCCUGGCCGCCGGAGCCCGACGCGCUCCCGAUGGACGAGGUGGCCGUGGCUGCCCGGCGCGGCGCGCUGCCGUGGCAGCAGGAGAAGGCGGCGGCCUCGUCGGGCUUCCCGCGCUGGCCCUGGUGCCUGGAGCCCGCCGCGGCGCUGCUGUCGGUGGGCUGGUGGCGGAGCAAGGUCGAGGGCUUGGCCUCGGCCUUCGGAAGCCCUCUGGCGUCGCUCCGCGCGUGGAGGAGGUCGCCGGCGCUGCCCUGGUGGGCGCGGAAGUGGCUGCUCGCCGAGAGCAGCUAG